UGGAUUAAAGCUCUCGUUUUCUCUAUCAUCCAUGUCUGCUCUCCGCUUCCUCAGAGGCAGAGGAGUCUCCUCCUAUAACCUCUUCUUCCAUUCCUUGAAGAGAGAGAAACAACCCCAAUCUCACUCCCAUUCACCUCUAUGCCUUUUGCAGCAGAGGCAUCAUUCAGUGCACCUUCCACACACCAACAAAAACUCCUCGCUCUCUCUACCUCUACCACUAGGAGGAGAUUCUUGGAGGCAAAAGAUGAGAGGUUCCAUCAAAGAUAGCCUCCUCCCAUUAUUACCCCCUUAUUCUCUGCCUCAUGUCAUUGAACAAAUAGGAAUGGGUGUGAGGAAGAACACAGAGGAAGAAGAGGGUCUCAUUUUGGAGUCCUUGAGGAAGAAACUCAAGGAUCGUCCCGAAAAUACUCUCUCUUACAAUGAUUUCAUUGAUCUCUGCAAAAAACACCACCACCCAUCAUCCCAAAAGCAUGGUAUUGACCACCUUAUUGAGUCUCUAGAUGAGUUUGGUACUGUUCUUAUAGUAGGCAACACAGUCUUUCUCCACCCAGAGCAGAUCCAACAACAGAUGGAAGAGUGGCUGAUGAGAGAGGCAAUGAGAUCAGAGGAGAGAAAAGAUCUGGAGAGGUUAGAGAGUGAAUUGAGGGAGAUCGAGGGGCGGGCCAAGAAGCUCACAAAGAGGGACCUCUGGUUUGGGCUUGGGGUGGUUGUGGUUCAGAGCUUGGGGCUCUUUAGGCUCACAUUUUGGGAGCUUUCAUGGGAUUUGAUGGAACCAAUUUGCUUUUAUCUGACCUCUCUAUAUGGUUUAGGGGCCUAUGCUUUGUUCAUGGCCACUUCACAGGAGCCUUCCAUGGAGGGGUUGUUCUCUUUCAGGUUCAAUGCUCGGCGAAGGGCUCUUAUGCGAAAGCAUAACUUUGAUCUCCAAAGACUCACCUUCCUCCGCACCAUCACCACCACCCUACCAUCUUUUUAGAGAGAGAAAGAGAGAGAGGAGGAAGAGAUGAAGCUUGCUUUGUGCUUUUUUUAACACUGAUUUAUUCUCACACAGAGUGUCAGAGAGUGUAUUUCUGUUUUUUUUUUUGUUUGGAGUUUUAUUUGAUCCCAAAAGUGCCUAUGCAACCAAAUGUAUAUGGGUCGAUUUGUACAGACAAUCAGAGUAAAGCGCACCUUCAAAUAGGGUGGAGGAG